AUGUCAUGCGACUCCAAGCCGAUUGACGGACGCCUCAAAUGCUCCUGGCCAGGGCUCGCGCCCAAAGUUGUACCCAACACGCCCAGUGACAAAUGGCUAUCCUUUAACAUUUCCCAUUCUGAGCAUCAGAACCGCAAAAGCGACAAAGCCACUCGCCACGCCCGCUUCCACAUCACCGGCAAAAACACCCGCGCCUGCAAGAUCAAAUUCAACCAUCCGAUCAGCGACUACUCCAUCCCUGGCUCCGCUCUAGAUGAGAGGAUGCCACACACCGUUCCCCAAGGUAUUUCCGAAAUCCGUCUAUGGAGCAGGACGUGGGAGAAUGCCUGGGCGGUAGACGUCCAAUGGAACGAGGAGGGUAUGGACGAGUUACAUGGGAGAGUCGUGUGUCUGUGGAGCGAUGCUAAUGAGCUGGGAGCCAUCCCAGCGCUAGAUGAGCUUCGAUUGUACGCACCGCCAUGGGUGGCCAUUUCCAAGUGGCAAGAUGGGCUUGUGGAAGCGAGUCGUGGGUUUUGA